UCGUUUUAGAUGUGAACGCGCGCAUUUUCUCUGAGGUGGUGAACUGGCUGUAAGUGGAUAAACUAUCGAAAAAUCUAAAGUUUUUUUCUUCAAAGUCAUUGCCGGCAGGAUCAGCUGUCGUCGUCAUGUCAGAUGGUACUCAGUUUGUCGAGGCUCUGCGUCGGCUAGGUUACCCAGGUUCCUCAUCUCUAAAGGGCUCUGAAUUUGACUGGCUGUUCGACUGUGCUCCGGAAAACCUCCACCUUCUCCGUUUCGUCUGCCGUACCCUCAAUCAAGGAAAUGUCCUUACCCCGGAAGAGGCCAGAGCCUUCAAGGCGCUCCGCGCCUCAGGCAAGCCCAUCCUCGACGAGGACGCAUUAGGAGAGGUCCUCAAGACCUGUGGGCCCACGGCUAGAAGAGGUUUGGCUGGGCCCUUGUCGUCUUUGGCGGAGGGGGAGGCUAGCGUGGAAGAUCUAGAGGCGGAGCUGGCGGCUCUGAAAAAGGAGAAGCUGCUCAAACAGCGGAGACACCAGAAGCUGCAGGUUCUGGCUACGUCCCAGGCUGACGCCGCUCUCCGCCUGGCCUCCAAGCGGGACUCUGCCACGGACAGGCUGAGGGAGGCCCAUUCCCAGCUGGGGGCGGAGAAUGCAGGGACCAACGCAGCUCUCCAGACCCUCGCGGACGAGGUGAGGAAGCUAGGAGCAUACCUCAGAAUAGACCCAGAGUCCAAGGUAGGGAAGGAUCGGGAAGAGACAGCGGCUUCCGGUCCUGUCCUCUCCGCCGCCCGUCCGAGGCCUCCAGUCCUGCUCUCCCAACUGUCUUUGGAGCCCUAUCUCCGUCAGGAGGAGCUCAACACCAAGGCACUGUCCUGCCUCACACAGAGGCAGUUCUUCCAGGGCAUAGGUGACAUGGUGGAGACUUCCUGCUCCGAACGCUUCCAGCUCCUGGACCUCAGCCUCUGUGGGAAUGAGGAGGAGGAGGAGGGGGGUGAGGAGAAGAAGGAGGAUGGGAAAGAGGUAGAGGAGAGAGUGGUGGAGAAGAGGAGAAAGGAGAUGGCCAGGCUCCAGUGGGGUUAUAUGGUGGCCCAGCACCAGCUGGUCAAGGCCAGGGCGGAGGAGCGGGGAGCCAGGGCUGGACUGGACUGGAUGACGGAGAACCUGCGGUCCUUCACCAAAGGCACCACCUCCUCAUCUCUUCAGGCGCGUGAGGCUGUGGCCCGGCGGGAGCUGCAGGGUGCGACGGCAGAUAUGGAGUCCCUUCUCCAGGGGCCUGUCGCGGCCGCUCUGAGGGAGGGUGCCAGACUUCUCAACGUGCCUGUGGUGAGGGGAGACCUGGACCUGCAGCUGGCCAGACAAGACUACUACACAUCCAAGCAGGAGCAGGUCCGGGACCACCUUUUGCGGCAGAAGGCCUCGUUUGAGCUGCUCCUCCUAGCCCAGCAGCUAGAGCUGAGGUGGGAGAAGGAGGUGCUGAAGCACCUAGUGGAGGUGGCGGCCUGGCUGGUGGAGAGAGGACAGGAGACCGCUGUCAGGAGCCAGACCUUCUCCCAGCCUGAGUUGUCUCACGUCAUGAGACACAGUCCUCAGUCCAUCAUCAGCUCUAAGGAUGGGGCCUUCACCAGGCUUCUUCAGAUCUUGGAGUCGGGGCGCGUCUCUGUUGGCAGUGGUCAAGGGCAGCCGUUCCGCACCUACGAGGGGUUAGAACAUGCCGCCCGCGGCCUGCGAGCGGAGCUACGGUCCAACCACGAGGCCCUGGCCGGCGCCGUCAACCAGCAGCACUACACGGGUGCCCGUCUCCACGGCGACUGCGAGGCGUUGCGCCAGGCGACCUUCACAAGGUUGCACCAGCUGUUGUUGGCGCCGCAGGUAUGUCCUACGGCGAUGUCACAUGGCCAGGAGCUCUGCCCCAACGCACAGGAGUUGACAGUGAAGCUGGCAGACCUGGAGGUGCAGCAGAAUGCUCUAUACAAGCUGAUGCAGGACGUGAUGGGGGAGAUCCGGGAGAAACGCUCCCAGCUGGACCACAGCAUCCUCCUCAGGAGAGAGAGGGAGCUGUACGUCUACUUCCACCUCAACCCCAAGCUGUUGAACAAAGUGGUGGAGGAGCUGGAGGGCAAAGCGUCCGCCUGCAAGAAGAGCCGGUCGUAACGGGACUCGCUGACGCUCCAACAUCACCUCUCCUGCGGCUCCUUUCUCUGGGUGGAUGACCGGUUGUUAUGGACGGAUCAACCUAUAGCACACAUCUCCCCCACCUGCCUUGAAAGAAGCGACCAGCGUGAUGCCUCCCCCUCCCCUUUAACACCUGCUGUUUUGGGUUUGAUGCACCGCCUCCACCUGUGAAAACAGUGGAGGAUCUUGCUGGAAGGAGUGGAAAAGCCUGUAGGCGAAGUGUCCCCUGAGGGAGGGUGCAGCCCCGCGCAUCUCUUACCCAGCCUUUACCCUGCCCUGUUUCCUCCCUGUGCAUCCUUUUAAUGAAUCAACCCUGGAUUGUCAGAUGUGACGGGGAGUGUUUUUGGGCGAAAGACAGUGGGAUGAGGACGGACUGUUGAGUCCUCCCGUUCAGUUCAGAUGUAAUGCUAAUGUCGUGCUGAAAUGUUUAAUCACUAGUGGCUUUUGUCCAUGUUCUUGUAAGCACCUUUUGUUGUAUUUGUUGUCAGCCGUAAAUAAUUAAUAUUAUUGACUAAUAAAAAAAGUCAUCUGUGA